AUGAACACCACCGCCGCCCUCCGAACCAUCCUCUUCCUAGCCAGCGUCUUGACAGCCUCAGCUUCCCCAGACUCAGGUGCACCCGACUUACCACCACCCAGCCUCGAAGCCCCUUCUCUUCAAGUGCACAACGAGCUCAACUUCGCCUUCAACAACAACCUCCCGCGACAAAUCUCAACAGGCCAAGAGCUCCAACCUUUCUUCACGGCCAACUUCCUUGGCGGGCAGUCGCCACAGCCGAUAGUCUUUUCCGGGGAUGCUAAAAGAUCGUUUGAAGUUGGUGGUGAUACAUUUGUUAGUCUUCUUUCCUUUUCUUUUUUUCUCGUUUUUUCUUCCCCGGCUUUUUUUGUGACGCUUGCCCCCUUACUUCUGCUUCGGGCGAGUAGAACAUUGGCUUUACACUUGCACGUGAAGUUAUGCUGA